GUAGAAGGUUACAGGUCCUCUCGGUGCGCUCAGCGACAACAAGCGACAACUUGGAACAAAUCUGGACCGAAGACUACGGACUAUAUAGUAGAAGGGAUAGCUAGAAGGAUGAAGGGAACCUAAAUAGUUUCGUGUAUUGUUGCUGGUUAGUUGACAUAAGUAUAACAAAAGAAAUGGCGGUCGCAGCUGUUAGUGUAUAGAAACUGCUGUGGUUUUUAAACUAUUUUACUGCGUACUGGAUAAGGAACCCCCGAAUGAAGGAGUGUUCACAGGAUGGCAGGGGUGUUCGACAUAGACUUGGAGACUGAAGACAUCAGUGAUACAGAGGAUGAUGUCUGUGACUUUACUGUGACAGAACCAGAGAAUGUGCAAACAGAGGAGGUGGAGUUGACCAGUGAAAGUGUCAACAGAGACAGUGAGAGAGUUGGACCUGACUGUUUUGAGCUGCUUACUGUGUUGGGAAAAGGAGCCUAUGGCAAGGUUUUCCAGGUGAGGAAGGUUCAAGGUGCUCAGAUGGGCAAAAUAUUUGCCAUGAAGGUCCUGAAAAAGGCGAAGAUAGUGUGUAAUGCUAAAGACACGGCCCAUACACGAGCAGAGCGGGAGAUCCUGGAGACAGUGAGGCACCCAUUUAUUGUGGAUCUGCUCUACGCCUUCCAGACUGGGGGAAAACUCUACCUCAUACUGGAGUGUCUGAGUGGAGGGGAGCUGUUUAUGCAGCUGGAGAAGGAAGGCAUCUUCAUGGAGGACACUGCUUGUUUCUAUCUAGGAGAAAUCACUUUGGCGCUGGGUCACCUCCACUCCAACGGGAUUAUUUACCGGGACCUCAAACCUGAAAACAUCAUGCUUAAUCACCAAGGACACAUCAAGCUAACUGACUUUGGCCUGUGUAAGGAAUCGAUUCAUGAUGGAUCUGUUACACACACCUUCUGUGGCACCAUAGAGUACAUGGCUCCAGAAAUCCUGACCAGGUCGGGUCACAACAGAGCAGUAGACUGGUGGAGCCUUGGGGCCCUGAUGUACGAUAUGAUGACCGGAUCACCUCCAUUUACAGCUGGAAACAAGAAGAAGACCAUCGAUAAGAUCUUGAAGUGUAAACUCAAUCUGCCCCCAUACCUGACCAUCGAUGCCAGGGACCUUAUCAAGAAGCUGUUGAAGAAGAAUCCAGCCCAAAGACUUGGGUCCAGUAAGGCGGAUUGUGCUGAAAUCCAGAAACAUCCGUUCUUCAGGCAUAUCAAUUGGACUGACCUGCUCAACAAGGCAGUGGAGCCGCCAUACAAGCCACGACUGCAAUCGGACGAGGAUGUAAGCCAGUUUGACACCAGAUUUACCAGACAGACACCAGUGGACAGUCCAGACGAUACCACACUCAGCCACAGUGCAGAACUUGCCUUUGCCGGUUUCACCUACGUGGCUCCAUCAGUCCUUGAGAGUCUAAAAGAAGGCUUCUCAUUCGAACCCAGAACUCGACAUGUACGCCGACACAACAGCAGCCCACGCACACCCAUCAGUCCUAUGAAAUUCUCCCAAGCCGGACCAUUCAAGUCCAGUAUUGAGGGAGAACCAGAGCUUUUCUCUCCCAUCUCUCCACCGGCAGCUACAGUACCUGUGACACUGGAAAACGGUGGUACCAGUCAGCCGAUAAGGACGCCCGCAAGGAACAAGAAGCAGAAGGGACAUCAGAGAUGAGAAGGAAAUCUUAAGAGACAACCUCCGCUGCAAGACCUUGGUCAUAACAUUUUUCAUAGCUUAUAGUAAGUGUGAGACAAAGAGCUGAAGUGUUUUUGCUGGUUUUAAUGCUUUUUUUUGAAGUGGUUUAACUUCAACGUCCUUGAAAAGCCAUAAAUCACAAGUGGAAAGCUCUCCCUUUGCACUUUUUCUUUCUCACGGUCAUCUUUGAAAACAGAAACACUUGUAGGCUUAAUGUUCAGGACUUCCUGUUUGUCAUAGGGCUAUCUUUCUACAGGUAGAUCACUCUACACAGAUUCACUUUUCCUGCUUUUACUUUGUCUCAGAUUGUCACUUCAUUGCGUAAAGCUUAAAUUUACAGCUUCCAUAAGUCUGCACUUAAAGUUCAUACUGUGGCACUAAUAUAUAGUAAACAAUAACUUCAUAUAUCUAUUUCUACAAAAAGCACUGGACAGGGCAACAGAACCAAUGAUUCUUCUUCACCAACUUUAGUGAAGAUAUCACUAGCAGUCGAGGUCAGAUAAAUGAUGGAUAUUUUGGUAGCAGCGUUUCAUUUUGUACCUGCAUGCUAGUACAAUGACCGAGUAUGUGUAAAUAACGCUGGCUUCUCGAACAAGUUUAAUUGGAGAACUGAUGAAGGGUCACUUGAUUGAAGUCCUGAUUCUUUUCCAUUACAGUUGAACUAUGAAACUUUCAGCCAUCAGGUUAUUGGAUAAAUCUUGACUGCACAGAAUAGAAUAGAAACCACGGAAUUAAAUGCUACAUUGCACACAGAUAACUCACGAAUGUCACAUUAAGUGAACAUUUCUGUCUGGAAAUGUUGUGACAUUCAUCAGUGUUUUUCAUUUCUCUGAGCCUCUUAACAGAGAAUCUUCAUGACGUUUGCCAAAGCUGUUAACACAUCCUAUCCUCAUAUUGUACAAAUGGACCAAGGACACUAUCUAUAAUAGAGUGACAAAUUAUAAUGUUAUAAUUUUGGGUCACUGUUAUAAUUUUGGGUCACUGAACAAAAUACUUUUUGCACAUGGAAUCCAGCUCAAUUGAAUAAAAGUAUUGACGUGUUUGAUUGUCAUUGCCCUGACAAACCUGUAAGGGGUGAUACAGGGUAAGGUCACUGCAAACAUGCUUAGUCAAAGACAAAUUUAGCUCUUUGAUGUAUCACAGAAACUUUAUGAGGUUCAUCUUAUUGCCAAAAGAUUUUUCCCUUUGAUAAAUAACUCCCUAGAUUAUAGAAAAUUGAACCAGGUCCUCGCCCAUGUCACCAUAUCUUGUUACAGGACAAUAUAAAAAAAAGUGGAGCGUCCACAAGUCUUAACCUCAUGCAGCUGUUCAAGGCAACAGAGACAAACUUAUUUUGAGCAGGGAUUGUAAGUCAAAAUAUUAGAAUUUAUUUUAGUUUAAGAAAAUGUACUACAGUCUUGGUUAAACAAUCUAUUAACUACUUUAUACAGCCUAAAAUCAUUGCACUCAAUCCAGUGGUGUAUAUGCAAUUAGAGGAAAUGGAGAUAGUGGAGAUAGCAAGUAUUCUUUGGUGAAGU